AUGUUCGCCUCCGUGCCCGAAUUCACGCGCUCUCAUGCACACCUGAUGCCGCCAAAGUUCGAACCGCAGGCCAUCGCGGCGGAUACGGCGUUGGCGAUGCGCGUGCUGGAGUGGUCGAGGAGUCCAGCACUGUACUCCUCGCACAAGGAAGUCGGUAGAGGAGUCACCGACCAGAGAAGUGACAGUUCCAUCUUUUCCGGAGGCAAUGGUGAGUGGGAAUGGGGUGGAGAAGAUGGAGGUGUGGGUAUUUCCGCCAGGCAUAUCCUUGAGCGUCUCUUGAUGAGCGGCCUGAGAUUGGGGAAUGCGGGAUUUGUAGCGAGCGUGUGGGCCGCAGAGAGGUGGGAUGUUAGGGGGUUAGUCAUUUUACGAGGUUUCUCUCCUCUGAAGUUGUCUGGGUGA